AUGGCACUCUGUAUUUUUCUCGGAAUGAAGAACACCCCCUUAGGAAUUCUCGCAAACACCUCACAUACGCAUAUAAAUCGUCUUCAUCGCAUCGUUGGUUAUACUACUGUCUUCCUGGUCGCCAUUCAUGCUGCCUUCUAUACUGUCCAUUUUGCCCGCAAUAACAAACUCAAGUCCUUACUGAAAGUUGAGGACUUCGCAGGCAUCGGCGCCGGGAUUUGCAUGCUCAUCUUACUGAUGGGAUUCUUCAGGAAUCGGCAUUACGAGGUCUUCUACGCAAGCCACCUUAUUGGUUUCGUAUUUACUCUGUUGCUCACAGGUCUUCAUCGCCCGGAUUGGGCGAAGAAACUGCCUGUUGUGAUGUCCUUUAUUGGUUGUCUGUGGGCGAUCGAUCGUCUUAUUCGAGCCUCCCGAUUCACAUACAACCUCAUUAAUAACCAGGUAACCAUGUAUCCAUUACCGGGCGGUGCAACACGUGUGUUACUAAGAAAGCCUUCCUUGCAAUUUGCAAGCCCCGGGUCUCAUUGCUUCUUAUGGAUCCCGCAAAUCAGCAUCUACCAAAAUCACCCAUUCACCAUCGUCAACAAUGACCACAACGGCCUGGAGUUGGUAAUGAAACGAUGCGACGGGUUCACCAAACGAGUAUAUGACUUGGCCCUCCAGAACCCCGGUCGUGUGGCUCGUGUCUCUAUAGAUGGUCCUUAUGGCUCGUUGCCCGACACAACCAUUUAUGACAAGCUCAUUAUGGUCGCCGGAGGAAGCGGGGGCGCCUUUACGUUUGGGUUGAUGAAUUACUAUUUCAACUGCCCCAAGCGCACUCUUGUUCGGCCUAUUGACUUUAUAUGGGCAGUGAAGUCUACCGUCACGAUAUAUAUCACGAGCGAAGAGCCAACUAUCCACGAUGAUUCUAGGUCUGACUUGGUACCUGAUGGCACCCAAGAUGGAUUACAAACCAUGUCACAACAAAUUAUAGGCCCAGACGACGAGAGCAGAGAAUUUGAUGGAUCAGAAGUCUUGGGAUCCGAGAGCGCUAUCAAGGCCAUAACAACCGACGUGAAUAUAGUUUACGGCAAGCUGUGCACGACGACUGUAAUCAAGGACGCAAUGCAAACAGUGACGAGCCAAGAUCGAGUACUUGUAGCAGCGUGCGGGCCAGCCUCACUCACUGCUGAUUUGAGAGAAUCAGUCGAGGAUUAUGAG